AUGGCAAAUGUACAAGUGCCUGUUGUGACAGUCGGCCCAUUGGGAGACAGUCCGGUUCAGAUUGUCUGUCCUAAGUGCAAUCAGACGGUCCUCACCAAGGUGGACUACAACGCCGGUUUGCUCACCUACAUAUUGUGUGGAGGCCUCUUCUUCUGUGGAUUUGUUUUAGGUUGCUGUCUCAUCCCGUUCUGCGUGGACCGGCUGAGAGAUGCCAAGCACACCUGUCCUACCUGCAAGACUGUUCUUGGCGUGUAUAAACGCUUAUAACUGAUG